CUCAACUUCUCUAUUUGCUUCCUCGUCCUCUUCCUCCUUGUAUUUAACCAAAUUGAGGUCUCCUCCUACUCUCAGAUUUUCUUCCUUCUCUCUUUCACCCAUAUCUCGGACUUCCCGAAGACCUCGACACAUGGCUACUCUUGCUCAGGCUGCUCUUGGCCUCACUCACCCCGCCGCCGUUGAACACCUGAAGGUUUCUUUUGCUGCAAAAGAGAUUGAUGUCACGGAAUGGAAAGGAGACUUACUUGCUGUGGGUGUCACUGAGAAAGACAUGACUAAGGAUGACAACUCAAAGUUUGAGAACUCAAUCUUGAAGAAACUUGACACCCAUUUGGGGGGUCUUUUAGCUGAGGCAUCUACUGAGGAGGAUUUCACUGGAAAAACUGGUCAGUCUAUUGUUUUGAGGCUUCCAGGUCUUGGUUCGAAAAGGGUUGCCUUGAUUGGGCUUGGAAAGUCUGCGUCCUCAAUGACAGCCUUUCGUGAUUUUGGUGAGGGAGUUGGUGCUGCAGCAAAAACUGCUCAAGCCCAAACUGUUGCCAUUUUACUUGCCUCCUCUGAGGGUAUCUCGGCUGAAUCCAAACCGAAUACUGCUUCAGCAAUAGCAUCCGGGACGGUUCUAGGGGUAUAUGAAGAUAUUAGGUAUAAAUCUGAGCCAAAGAAGCCAGUGCUAAAAUCUAUUGAUAUUCUUGAUUUUGGAAGUGGACCUGAGUUGGAGAAGAAGCUCAAAUACGCUGAAGAGGUUUCUUCUGCUAUAAUUUUUGGAAAAGAACUCGUGAAUUCUCCAGCCAAUGUUCUUACUCCUGCGGUUCUAGCAGCAGAGGCUUCAAACAUUGCUUCUCUGUGCAGCGAUGUUAUUACUGCAAACAUUUUGACUGCAGAGCAAUGUAAAGAAUUGAAGAUGGGAUCUUAUCUAGGAGUUGCUGCAGCUUCUGCCAAUCCCCCUCAUUUUAUCCAUUUGUGUUACAAACCCCCGGGUGGAGCUGUUAAAGCCAAGCUAGCUUUAGUUGGAAAAGGAUUGACCUUUGAUAGCGGUGGCUACAAUAUUAAGACUGGACCCGGCUGCUCAAUUGAGAUCAUGAAAUUUGAUAUGGGUGGUUCAGCAGCAGUUUUAGGGGCAGCGAAAGCUAUUGGUCAAAUUAAGCCUCCUGGAGUUGAGGUUCAUUUUAUUGUUGCAGCUUGUGAGAACAUGAUAAGUGGAACCGGUAUGAGACCUGGAGAUAUUGUUACUGCUUCAAAUGGAAAGACAAUCGAGGUCAACAACACUGAUGCUGAAGGGAGACUUACACUUGCAGAUGCUUUGGUGUAUGCAUGUAACCAAGGUGUGGAUAAGAUAAUUGACUUGGCAACAUUAACUGGGGCAUGCAUCAUUGCUCUUGGACAGUCAGUUGCAGGUGUCUUUACUCCUAGUGAGGACUUGGCAAAGGAGGUAUUUGAAGCUUCAGAGAUCAGUGGUGAGAAACUGUGGAGAAUGCCAUUAGAGGAAAGUUAUUGGGAAUCAAUGAAAUCAGGCGUGGCUGAUAUGGUGAACACUGGUGGUCGCCCAGGUGGUGCUAUUACCGCGGCUUUGUUCUUGAAACAGUUUGUUAAUGAGAAAGUUCAAUGGAUGCACAUUGACAUUGCUGGCCCUGUCUGGAAUGAGAAGAAGCACGCAGCCACAGGAUUCGGCAUCUCAACCCUGGUGGAGUGGGUUCUGAAAAACUCUUCUUAGAUGAACUACGUUUCAAGCAUCACAUACAAAGGACGAGGCAAAGGUGAUGUGUGUUCAAGGUUCUGAAAAACCCUGGUGGAGUGUGUUUUCCAUGAAUAACGCUUGUCUGUGGAUAGUUAGGAAGUGUGGCUGCAUGUUAAUAGCUAGUGGGACUAUAUGUAUAAAGUGAAAAAUAAAAA